CACAAGGCGAUCAGCAUUCUUGUAGCGCCUCUAAUUGACAAUACCAUUUACUUUCAUUAAACCUUAGUCAUGGACCACGAAGAUAUAAUCAGGGCGCGAUUGAACGUCAAUGAGAGGCCUCUUAGGAUAUUAACAACUCGCUUUCAUAAAUGGUGUCAAGCUUUGUCUGUUGGUACAAAUGAAGACAUUGAAAGGGAACUUCAGAGUUUAUUGCAUGAAGUAACCUACUUUGAGCUCUCAAUCUCCAAGACACAGCUUGUAGCAGAGAUGGCAGAACGGGAACGACUCAGUUAUGAACAAUCACAACAACGGACAGAAGAAAAUAUUGCACGAUCAGAAAAAGAACUCGAAGUCUUGACGAGAGAGCUUGAGGAAGCCAAGCAAGAACGUGCCAACAAAAUCCUCUAUGAUCAGUUAGCGACCGAGGUUUCACGCUUUCCUAGUCGACAAUCUAAUCAGGAGAGCAUUGCUACUCUACAAUCCGAGAUCCAAGAGUUAGAAGAUGAAGCUGUUCGACAGGGGCUUGUUAUGGAGUUGAGGAAGAAACAGUUCUAUGAUGCAUUUUCAUGUCUUCAGAAUAUUCAUGAUUCGAUCGAAGAGGAUCAACAGGAAGAACAGAGGAGACUUUAUUUGAAGAGGACACAUCCGGAGGAUGAUGAGGAGGAGGACCAACAGGAGGAUGGUUUUGCACAUGCUGAAGAAGGAAGCUUAGAUGUCACAGCGGACGUAGAAGGUGAUGGAGGUGGUAAUGGUGCUCACAGCAAUGGUGCGGGUGAUGGAGCCACUACUAGAGGUACAACUACACCCAGACCCGCCUCAACGAUAUCUGUUAUUGUGAAUGAAAUGCAGCACUCAUUGUCCUUGGGUGGAUCAGGCAAGGGCAGUAAUAGCAGCAUUGGAUCACAAAGUCCUGCUUUAGGACCGACGAAUACACUUACCAAUGGGACGAUAGGACAAUCGGGAGAAGAAGGUUCCUUCAGGAUGGGUCUCCACCGUACUCACUCAACAGACUCUUUAGGUAUUACACCAGCGGGGACACCUAGAAUAGGCUACCAACCUUCGCCUACACUACCGCCAAGGUCUGAAGUAGGCACCCCUAUUCCUGUUGAUGAUAACGAUACAUCUAUGAAUGUAGACACCCUCCUGUAAUAAUAAUAAACCGAGUUAGCUGGCGAAGUACAGCACAAACCUCU